AUGUCCAAACGAAGUCUGGAAAGCAUGCUGACCCCGGCUCCCUCUAAUGCCAAUAGGAUUAAAGAGAUUCGCAGACGCCCUCGUGGAACUACCCCCACCGGUGGUGCUAGUGAACCAUCCGGGACCUUCUCUCAGCUAUCCUCCACCCCAGCUUUCCCAACUCCCUCAUUUUCCGCACCCACAAAUCAGCCAGGUGGCUUCAGCUUCGGUCAAAGCCAAAGCUUUCCCGGGGCUAGCACAACGCCCAGCCAGCCCACUCAAGGCAGCGCGGCACCGUUCUCUUUCGGCGGAAAUGGCUCGUCAUUCAAUUUCUCCGGUGGAUUCGGGUCUCCUGCAAGUAACCCGUUUGCGAAUAGCCCUUUCAGUGCUGGCAACUCGGCCCCUGCUGCUCAACCAACAUCCACCAUUGGGUCUGCAAGCUUCGGUGGAUUCGGAAGUCAGCCAACCCCUAAACCGGCGUUUUCGUUCGGUGCGCCGCAAAAUGCGGGCACUUCAGUAGGCACCGGCCUGUUUGGGCAACCGGCGGCCACAAAUGCCAACGGAAACCCUGUUGCAGAUUCCAUGCAGACUUCUCCUGAUGCUAAACCCAAGACAUCCUUUGCUCCAUCUGCGUCUUUCCCGAGUAAAAACCUUUUCGGUGACUCGGGAGCCCCGAACCUAUUUUCUCCGAAGCCAGCUGCACCAGCGGGCAAUCCAUUUGGUGGCCUGAGCUUUCCUCCUCCUGAGAAGCCCUCGAGCGAUAAGGCCGAAGGCUUCGCGGCCAAGCCCGCCUUUGCUAGUCAAGCACCAACCUCGACCUCUCAGGCUCAACCGUUUGGGUCCCUCUUCGGAGCAGCACCUGCCACUUCCACCCCAUCUGAGCCUGAGAAGCCGGCGACGAAUAAUGUCUUUGCUCCCAAAGCAACCGCGCCAGCGCCAGCCUCGGCCUCCAGCAACCCGUUCAUGUUCAAACCCGCGGCUUCAGAGCCCGAAAAAGCGGAUGCGACUCAAGUUGCAUCCAACAACAUCUUCUCGCCGAAACCCCCUGCCGAGCAAUCUACCUCAACCAACAUUUUCGCCUCCAAGCCUGCAGAACAGACGUCGACUCCCAGCCUCUUUGCUGCCAAAGCUCCUGCGAACGAUGCAGCUUCUACAACUGCUCCGGCGCAGCCAUUCAAGAACAUUUUCGGAGCGGCUAGCACGGCACAGUCAACUGCAUCUAAGCCUGCGACCGAACAGGCUUCAGCAACCAAUAUGUUCGCGCCGAAGGCGGUUACGGAACAAAAUUUUGAAAAGCCUGCGGAGCCUAAACCCUUUGGAUCUCUGUUUGGAACCCCCAAACCUGCGGCUGAUCAGAGUUUGAGCAAGCCUGCGGAGACCAACCCUUUUGGAAGUAUUUUCGGUGCCGCUUCUACUACCUCGAAGCCAGCUGAACUGGCCACGCCGAGUCUAUUUACACCGAAGCCUGCGGUGGCCCAGGCCCCAGAAAAGCCCACCGAAGCUGCUCAACCAUUCAAAAAUAUUUUCGGUACACCAUCUACAGCUCCCAAGCCGGCCGAGCCGGCCCAGGCACCAAGUUUGUUCACCCCGAAGCCUGCAACAGAGCAAGCUGCGCCGAGUCCCGCUAAACCAUUUGCCAAUCUGCUUGGUGGUAAGACUGCGACUCCCCAACCCACUCCAGUGAAGCCAUCCACCGCGGCACCUUCUGGCCUUGCUAGUAUCCAGAAACCCGAAGCUCCUGAAGCAAUCUCGAAGCCCAAUAUCACUGCUGGGACAAACAAGGUGGUAGCAGAGACUGCGGAGCUGCUAUGGAAGAUUCGCGGAUUGGAUACACACUUCAAACAAGAAGUCAUGAAGUAUAAACCCGGCACGGACAGUUUCGAUGAUUUGAUCCUCUUCUACAUCAGGGUUCGGAACGGCAUGGGUGCCCCUAUUAAGGGCGCUCCCGAGCCACUGGUGAAGAAAGCGGCUGAGAAGUCCGUUCACAUCGAUGGCCCCAACGGCUCCGCUACAUCCAGUGUGUUUGCCAAGUCCUUCUCUUCGCCCACUCCCAAUACAGCUCCACCAGUUCCUGUGUCCGCCCCUGCACCGAGUGCUACGGGUAAUAUGUUCUCCAAAUCACUCUCCAACGGCACCGUCGCUUCUCCAGCACCCGCCGCUUCUCUAGCCCCUAAGCCGGCAGGCAACAUGUUCGCACAGGCGGCUUCUGCAAAGACCCCGAACGGUUCCGCUGCUCCUGCUCCUGCUCUUGCCCCUCCCAAGUUUGGGAAUGGCGUUGGCACCGUGGAUUUCAUGGCGCAGUUCAAGCAGAAGGCAGAGAAGACUUUGGCUGAGGAGAAAGCCAAGCGCAAGGCGGAAGAUUUCGAUUCCGAGGAGGAUGACGAAGAAGAAUGGGAACGCCAAUAUGCUGAGAAGCAGAAGGAAAAGCGCGCGAAGCUUGAAAUCGGUAGUCAGAAGAAGUCUGUUUUCAGGAACGGAAAGUUCGAGUGGGUUGAUGCCGAGGAGCCCGAUUUGGUGGAGACUCGGGGCAAUGCUGUCAAACCUGCAGAGAAACCAUCUGCCAACUCUCUGUUCGUACCCGCGGACAAUUCCGUUUUGAGUGCUCCAUCUCCUGCCUCCUCCACAGCUUCCAUCUUCGAAACCUCUGGCCGCCCUCUGCCCGCAUCCGAGAAUAUCUUUGGUCGUCUUACCCCGCAGCCCAACAAUGCUGACAAGGACAGCGACGAGUCUGAUGAUGAGGGCAAGGCUAAUUCUUCAAAGCGCCCUGCGGAAGAAGAUGUCAGUACGGAUGACGAUUUUGCAUCCGCUCUGCGCAACUCCAAGCGCACCAAGCCUUCCGAGAAUACUGAUACCGCGAAGUCCAGCCUGGACGCACCUCUUUCUGCGCCGACUGCGGCUGCUGGUCGCAGUUUGUUUGAUCGGAUUCAGUCCCCUGCCCCAACUCCCCAAAAGGAGACCUCCACAUCUACUUCGAGCCUCUUCUCGGCUAGCUUCGGCCAGUCGACUUCCUUUGGCCAGCCCAUCUCCUUUGGCCAAAACAACGCCACGCCAGCAGCGGACAAGACCUGGAAACCCAACUCGCCAAUCAAAUUCUCUACUGACUCCACGCUGGCUCCUUCAGCUCCUGCGUCGACUCUGGCUUCUACCCAGCCAUCCAGCGGCGUCAAUUCUGGAGACGCCACCCCUGAUGAGGAAGCUGCCCCUGGUGAAUUUUUCGACAUGUCCCAAGCCAAUGCGGGCGAGGAAGAUGAAACGUUGGUCUUUGAAUGUCGUGCCAGAGCAUUCAAGCUGGCCACUGGCUGGACAUCCAAGGGUACCGGUAUUCUACGCCUGCUUAAACACCCGGAGACUAAGCGUGCCCGUAUCGUCCUCCGUGCCGAUCCCGGUGGUAAUGUCAUCCUGAACACGUUCCUGAAGGAGGAGUUUGACUAUGCCCGCCAGAGCAACAGUGUUCAAUUCAUGGUGCCCCAGGCCGACAACGAACAGCCCGAGCAUUGGGCGAUCCGUGUCAAUGCGAAGACCAUUGAUGAGCUCCACAGCAAGAUCCAAGAGAUCAAAAACUAA